AUGUGCCAGACGAGGGCCGCGGCGACGAAGGCCGUGGCAGCGAAGAAGGCGGUGAAGGCCGUGGUGGCGAAGAGGACGGCGACUGCCUCCUCCUCGUCCAAGCGGCGCUGGACCCUAUCCUCUUCUCCCUCUCCUUCGGACAGCACCCUGGAGGCCGAGUUUGACCUCGGGGACACGGAGACGCUGGCCCAGAGGGCCGCGAAGAGGGCCAAGCCCUCGGCGGGAGAAGAACGGCAACAGGAGGAGCCGCCGAGGGCCACUCCCAACACGCCGCCCCCCUCGACUACGCCGCCCAGAGGGGCGUCCCCGGCAAGGGCAUCCACCACCAAGCGCACGCAUAUGGAGGAGGAGGAGGCGAGCUUAGGUGCCGGUGGUUCUGCCCCGACAACGAAUGCUGGCGGGGAGGGCGCCACUUCUUCCCAGCCCGGUGUGGAUCCUUCCUCGAUGGACCAGGACGACAUCGACAUUGUCAUCGAGGAGGUCGCCAGGGAUGCUGAGGCCGAGGCCACCAAGGUUGCGGCCGAGGAGGCCGCCAAUUCCGCUACUGAGGAGGCCGCCAAGCGGCCUGCCGGGGAGACCAGCGAGACCGCUGCCGGGGAAGCCGGCAAGGGGCCUGCGGGGGAGUCCGGCAAGGCUGCCACCAAGGAGGCCGCCAAGGAGCCCGCAGAGGAGGAGGCGGCCAACGACCAAUCUUCCUCCCCUGCAGCCCCUGCCUUGGACAAGUAUCUGAAGGUGGGCGACGACUUGUUCAUCCGCCUCCCUGGGACGGCGGGCGGCAGAGCGCCAGCCGAAGGGGAGGUGUUCGACGACGAGACGCUCGCCACCGCUGGGCUCCAGGUUGUUAAUGAACCGAGUGUUGGCGGUGACGGUUCUCAGGGGGAGCAGCUUCUUCGGGCCAUGAGCGCCAACUUCCAGAAGCUCCAAGCGCUCCACCGUGCCAGCCUUGACAAGGCGAAAUCCAAGAUGGCGGCGGUGGACAAGGUGGAAGCUGAUUUUGAGGUGCGCGUCACUCAGGCGCAGGCCUGGUUCCGCGAGGCCCAGGAAGAACAGAAGGUUGCUCAGGGGGAGCUGGCUGAGCGCAAAUGUGAACUCAUCCUGAAGCAGGCUGAUAUCGAGAAGGCCCAGGAGCUGAAGCUGGAUGGCUUGGAGGGGACGCUUUCGGAGGUCAGGUCCCGGGAGGAGACCCUAACCAAGGACCUGGAGGAGGAGAAACGGCAGCGGAGGGACGGCGCCACCGAGUACGAGGAGUACGCGAAGGGCAUGAACCUCUGGAUCGGCUGCCUCGUCGACGUCGCAGGGAAGCUCACUGCCCAGCUAGCCGUCAUGGGCGUGCCGGACAUCAAGCUCUCCGAGGACAGGAACAUAAGCCCCAACGCCAGGCUGACCUUAUUCUUCGAGCGCAUCCUCGACGCCCUGGAUCAGCUCCGCUCCAACCGGGCAACUUAUCUGGCCAACGAGGCCCGGUGGCUCUGUCGGGGUGCCCUGACCAAGGUGGCGCUCUAG